UUGAUGUAGGACGGCAUUGCUCAGUCCGUGGUGUUUUUCUGGGAGGAGUGGGACAACAGCCGUACACGGAAAGAAAACAGCACUAAGCAAAAACUAAAGGGUACAAACCUGACUGUGUGGGCCGUGGACGGAACCAGAUAGAUCAAGUCCCUCGGGAAUAUCUUUCCUGGACCGUCUUUUCGGUGACUGUGUUGGUUCUCACUUUUAAUUACCGAGCAGGAGCCUAUAACGUUACGGGACUCAUGGAUAAAAGGAGAGCAGGCGGAGACGACGACGACAUCAAAGGGGCUCCCGGGUCAUUAGAUAUAGCUAUAGCACCGCUCAGACCACUAUUUAACACGCAAGAGCAGAACAGCCUCUUUAAAACGGAACGAGCUUAGUAACAAGCCAGUUUUGGUAAUUGUCCGGAGCCUUUCUUGUCUUUUUGGGGGAAGCAAAGACGUAGUACGCGCGUCAGGCUACUCAAAAAAACAACAGUAUCUUACUAAAGGCUGCUAUUUUAUGAGUCGUACCCUCCCAUGCCAAAGAAGAACCACAGUUUCUAGAGCAUUAGUUUUGUAGCGUGUUCUGGUUUUCUUCAGAUAAGUAGCCUAAGUGCUAAGGUUGCUGCACUUCUGUCUCUUUUCCUUUGUUACUCAGACCAAGACAAACAGGCAGCUCCGGCGGAGGCAACGUUUCUCUCGGUUUUGAGCCCUGUAUGUUUUUUUAUGGGAAACUUUUCAACCUCUCGUUUUUCAAAGUGCUGAAAGUUGGAGAAGGAAACCCCUUUUGCAGUGAUUCUCCUCCUCCCAUCUCUCCCUCCACAAUAAGAGCCACAUUGUAGACAUGGAGGACCAGGCCCGCAUGAUGUUGGGUCAUAUUGGACUAACUGGACUGUCUCAUGAGGAUGUGGGUGAUCCUGACAACAUAAGGAAACAUCACAACCUCGGUCAGCCGCAGCAGCAGGACAUCGGUGACAUCCUCCAGCAGAUCAUGGUCAUCACAGAUGAGAGUCUGGAUGAGGCCCAGGCCAGGAAGCAUGCUUUGAACUGCCACAGAAUGAAGCCCGCCCUCUUCAGUGUCCUGUGUGAGAUCAAAGAAAGGACAGCCCUAAGCAUCCGAGGCGUCCAAGAAGAAGACAGCCCUGACCCGCAAUUCCUGCGACUGGACAACAUGCUGUUAGCGGAGGGGGUUGCGGGUCCAGAGAGGAGCGGGGCCUCUGCUGCGGCGGCAGUGGUUGCCGCGGCUGCCGGAGGGUCACCUAGCGAGGGGAACGUCGAACACAGCGAGUACAAAGAGAAGCUCGCUCAAAUACGACGGAUGUACCACGCUGAGCUGGAGAAAUACCAACAGGCAUGCAAUGAAUUCACUGACCACGUGAUGAACCUGCUGAGGGAACAGUCCCGUACACGGCCCAUCUCACCCAAAGAGAUUGAGCGAAUGGUGGGAAUCAUCCACCGCAAGUUCAGCACUAUCCAGAUGCAACUAAAGCAGAGCACAUGUGAAGCUGUCAUGAUCCUACGCUCCAGGUUCCUGGAUGCCAGGCGGAAACGAAGAAACUUCAGCAAGCAGGCCGCAGAAAUUUUGAAUACAUAUUUUUACUCCCAUCUGGCAAACCCAUACCCCAGUGAGGAGGCCAAGGAGGACCUGGCCAGGAAGUGUUCAAUUACCGUUUCUCAGGUGGCCAACUGGUUUGGAAAUAAGAGGAUUCGGUAUAAGAGGAACGUUGCAAAGUUGCAGGAGGAAGCUAACCGGUACGCUGUGAAGACAGCUGUGGACGCUGCCAGUGUAUCUUCACAGGCAAGCCAAGCCAACUCCCCAGCCACACCAAACUCAGGAGGAUACCCAGCCCCGUGUUACACUCCUGACGGGAGGUUAUGAGGAGCCGCUCUGUGUCCAUGGUGAUGGCGGCUGGCAGGACAGCAGUGAUUCCUCGUCCCAUCUCCCCCCCUACCCAGAGCAACAGGAAGCAAGCACCACGUCACCUCCAGAAGAUGCUCCACCUUCCCAUCCUGCUCCUCCGACUAAUACAACCCAGACUGUAGACCUCCAGCCAAACAGAGCAUUACCAAAACUCUGCAACUUUCUUUUGUUUUCUUUGUGAUGCUGAUCCUUUCUAACAUCUCUCCCACACAUUCUUUUUAACCCCUCCACUUUACGAAUGUGUUGACACCUACUUCUUUUCUUUUUUUUUUCUUCUUUUUACUAUACACCAUUUUCUUUAUUUUUGUUUUUAAAAGAUAAAUAAAUGACAGAACCUUUUUUAAUGUACUGCUUCACCUACAGUGAAUCGUGUAUCACUGUAUGAAGGUUUAGGGUCUGUAUGUGGCCUUGAAUCUGAUUCAUCAUUUUAUUUCAAAGAAUUAAAAAAAGAAGA